CCCGCCGUCAAUCCGCACGAGUGGGAGCGGUGAUUGGCCGGGGCGGGGGGGGGGCGCUCUCCAGCAAGGCCCGCGGGGCUAGCGUAGGCUGCGCGCGCGGGAUGGGAGGGGCGCGGCACCGUGUCUAGAGCGGCCGCGCUCUAGGUCCGCACGCCCGCCGGUCGCUCCUGCAGCCCCCCGCUGGGCAGGGCCGGCCCGGCCGGGCCAUGGAGUCCUACGACAUUAUCGCCAACCAGCCCGUGGUCAUCGACAACGGUUCGGGUGUGAUCAAGGCUGGCUUUGCAGGAGACCAGAUUCCCAAAUACUGUUUCCCAAACUAUGUCGGGCGCCCUAAGCACAUGCGAGUGAUGGCUGGAGCCCUGGAGGGGGACCUCUUCAUUGGACCAAAAGCAGAGGAGCACCGGGGGCUGCUGGCCAUCCGCUACCCCAUGGAGCACGGCGUGGUGCGGGACUGGAACGACAUGGAGCGCAUCUGGCAGUACGUCUACUCCAAGGACCAGCUGCAGACUUUCUCCGAGGAGCAUCCUGUUCUCCUAACGGAGGCUCCACUCAACCCGAGUAAGAACCGGGAGAAGGCAGCAGAGGUGUUCUUUGAGACCUUCAAUGUGCCAGCCCUGUUUAUCUCCAUGCAGGCCGUGCUCAGCCUGUAUGCAACAGGACGCACGACGGGAGUGGUUUUAGACUCGGGGGACGGGGUCACUCAUGCUGUCCCCAUCUACGAGGGCUUUGCCAUGCCGCACUCCAUCAUGCGCGUGGACAUUGCUGGCCGUGACAUCUCCCGCUACCUCCGGCUACUGCUGCGCAAGGAAGGAGUUGACUUUCACACCUCAGCCGAGUUUGAGGUUGUCCGGACCAUCAAAGAGCGAGCCUGCUACCUCUCCAUCAACCCACAGAAGGACGAGGCUCUGGAGACGGAGAAGGUGCAGUACACCUUGCCAGAUGGCAGCAUGCUCGACGUGGGGCCAGCGCGGUUCCGGGCCCCUGAGCUGCUGUUCCAGCCAGACCUGGUAGGUGAUGAGAGUGAGGGGCUCCACGAGGUGCUGGCCUUCGCCAUCCACAAGUCCGACAUGGACCUUCGCCGGACGCUGUUUGCCAACAUCGUGCUUUCGGGUGGCUCCACGCUUUUCAAAGGCUUCGGUGACCGAUUGCUAAGUGAAGUGAAGAAGCUUGCCCCAAAGGAUGUCAAAAUCAAGAUCUCGGCCCCUCAGGAGCGGCUGUACUCCACGUGGAUCGGCGGCUCCAUCCUGGCCUCGCUCGAUACUUUUAAGAAGAUGUGGGUAUCCAAAAAGGAGUAUGAAGAGGAUGGCUCCCGUGCUAUUCAUCGUAAAACCUUCUAGUGCCCGAAGAGGUGUAGCGUGGUGCGAGAGUGGGAGCAGAGGGGAGUCAGAGCCCUUACCCCUUUCUGGUCUGGGCUCACAUCCUAGGCCUAGAGUCCCCUGCAUGCCCUGAACCCUGGGCAGAUGGGGCAGCCAUGCUUCCCUGCAGCCCUCCCCUGCGCACGCACACACACACACGCACACAAACCUGCGCACACACACACAGAGUAACAUUUAGCUGCAUGGAUGGAGUCAUGAGCUGGAACUUAGGAAUUGAGGAGCCCAGCUUUGGAUUGUUCCAGGGGUCUCCCCUGGCAGGGUCUUGUUCUGACCCUUGGGGCUGCUUCCCUAGGCUCCAAGGCCAGGAUCCCUCCCAGAGCCAGAGUGCCUGGAUGCCUGCGUAGCUAGCCUUGAGGCGUGGGUGGAGGGGUGGCCAGCGGCUCCCCACUGGUGCGUCACCGCUUCCUGUGCCACACCUAGGCAUCCCUUACCCUAUCGCAUUCAGUCCUCCUGUCUUCCUAGGUGGAUGCCUUGGUGUAGGCUGAGGACUGGGCAGUCUUCCAUCCCCAGCCGAGAGUCUGGCCCAGGUACAGACCCUUUGAGCCAGGGCAGAGGAUCACUGGGUCCGGGUGGCCACAGUUUAUUGCGGUCUCCCUUCAAAGCACUUCAUUGACACUGCUCCCUCUCCUUUACCUUAGUACCCGGGAUAGGAAAGGGUUAACGGUCUUCCAUUUGUUGAGAGGAAGCCACUUAAUCUGGAGUCAGACCUAGAGGGAGUAAGGGGGGCACAUUUCCUUUUCCCACCUCUCCCAUGAAGGAGGUUUUCAUUGACCCUGUGGCCAGGACCCCUACUUCCCUCUCCCAGAUGUGUACAAUAAUUUAACACAGUUGCCUGAAAACUUUUUUUGUAAAUCAUUAUAGUAAUAAUUAUGGACAAG